UUGUGGGCUUGUCAGUUGUUGGCAAAGUUGGAAAUUAUGAGGGAAUUCGUUAAGAGUUGGGUGGAUGCAUCUGACAAAAUUGUAAAGGUCAUGCAACUGAGUCCAGCAGUGGAAAUAAUUGAGACAAAACUUAAGGUUGUCGAGGUUGUGGCAAAAGUUUUGGAGUCAAUAGGGUAUGGCACUGUUAUUUUGCCAACCGCUAAACGAAUUCACAUGGUGAAAGUAUGGCUUCCAUUUGUGCGGGUUACAAAACCUUUGAUUGAUUCUGUCACGACUAAUGAUGAGGAUUCUUUGGCAUUUAAGUUAGAUGGUGAACUAUGGCAGUCAUUGGAAUCAACAUUUGUUUCCAUAAUUCUUGCAUUGCCAUCUGCGGACCAAGCUGAGAUUUUGACUGAAUGGUUAGGAAAUGAGUAUGUACGGUAUCCAGAUCUAACUGAGGCAUUUGAGGUGUGGUGUUACAGGUCCAAGGUUGCCAAGCGGAGACUGCCAUUGUUUGGGGACGACCAUUGUAUUUCUAACACGCUUUGAACCAUUUCUCUCAUUUUGUUUAGGCUCUGAUUCAGUAACCAUCUGCUUAGUCAAGCAUUGAGCAUUUUGUUUCUUUGUAUAGAAAGUUGCAUUUAGAAAGGAAAGUCAUUAAAAUGAAGAGGCGUCUAAGUUAGCCCUUUGUGCUCUUUGUUUUGGUUUGAAAUUGAAAUAUUAGUGUUUGUAAAUUAUGUAAUGCUAGAUCCUUUGUAAUUGUAUAAAUGUGGAGGUGAUUAAUCUCAUAGAUAAUAAAAAUCAAGGUAUACAAUUGUCGCCU